UAAAACAAAAUGUCUCCCGGUGUUUUUAAUUUCUCCCGUUUGGAUCCAAUAGAAGAUUCAUUUUUUCGUAUCAGCAGGUGGAUUUUAGGUCUUCUACAGUGCUGGCCUUUGGACCGUUUAAAUCGGAUUACUAAAAUCAAAUUGGUUCUACAUUUAACAAUUUUACUGACAGCAGCUUUGGGAGAGAUUCGAUCUUCUUGGUUGUUACGAAAAAGCCUCCUAGAGGCUAUCGAUGCACUCUCACCGGGUGUAACUAAGUUGGUCACUUGGAUUAAAUUAGUUUGUUUUCUAAUUUAUCGUAAGGAUCUUGAACUUAUUUUGAACAGCCUAUUGGAACAUUGUAAAACAGAUACAAAAGACAGUAGGAAAAACUACCUUAUUAGGAAAAUUUCUUAUUUUAACAACAUGUGCUGCAGUGUGCUUUACAUAAAUGCUAUAACAACAAGUGUCUCAUUUGGUUUUAAGCCAAUAGUAGUUUGGGCCUAUCAAUACUUUGUAAAUGAGAAACGAAAUACUUGGGUGGAUUUACCCUAUAAAGCAGCCCUUCCAUAUGAAGACAUGACUGAAAUGAAUAAGCCGAUGUAUUCAUUUAUGUACUGCUUUUUGGCUUAUUCUGGGUUAGUAACAACAUUUGCAGUGUCUGGAACUGAUGGAACAUUCUUAUGCUUCUGCAUGUACAUAUCUGUAGCCUAUCAGUGCUUGCAAGAAGACUUCAAAAGCACUUUUAGAGUUCAUGCAGCAAAUGAUCCUAAAAGAAGUAAAAUCCUCUACAACGACCUCUCAGCACUUAUAAGACGUCAGCAGAAAAUUAUUGAAAUAUUUAAUAGCUUCAAUCGAGUUUAUACGUUUAUGAUAUUUAUACAUUUUGUAUCUGCAAGCAUCCUUUUGGCAUUGCUUUCUAUUAAUCUUCUAUUGGCUUCUGGAGUUUUCAAAACUAUUUAUUUACUCUAUGUUCUUGGUAUAACAAAUCAUCUUUUCGCUUGUUGCUUUGGAGCGGAAAGUGUUAACAAAAAUUGUUUAAAACUAUCUGAAGUUGUAUACUUUUGUGAUUGGUAUAAUUGUGAUAGAAAAGUUAAAAAGCUGAUACUUUUUGCAUUGGUUAAAUUACAAAAAGGAAGUCCAAUGAAAGCACCAUUUUUUUCGCCAUCAUUACAACUUUUUGCAUCGAUCAUCCAGACCACUAUAUCUUAUUUUACUAUUCUACAAACAGUAUUAUAAGCAAAGAUGAAGAUCCAUUUAAUUUAAAAUGAAGGGCUUGAAGCUGGUGACUUAACUUUACAAAUGAGAAACAUCUGGUUUAUAUUUUGCUGAAUUUCAUCAAAAUCAGUUCAACUAUUUUAAGGUCAAUUUGGGAACAUUCAGAAAUAAAACUUUGCUGUUCAUAAUUGUAUGCAUAUGAACUUGUGAUUUUGAAUGAAUACACAUAUCUAUACAGAUUUUUAAGAUGUUGAGUUU